AUGACGUAUAAUAACAUAUGGAGAUUAUCACCUACUGAUCCCUACGUUUACAAAAGUUGUAACUGGCUGGAUUUAGGACCGGGACUUCUGGUUAAUGAUAACCUGGAUCAGAAAGCUAGAUAUAUAGCAUCUAUUAAAUUUAAAAGCUAUUGUGACGGGGGAUCUCCAGUCUAUAUGGCCAGCAGACUUACCGGACUCUCUAAGUAUCGGUAUCUAGAUUCAGUAUAUUUGGAUUGGAAAAAAUAUAUUACUGCAAAUAAUUCUAUUGGAGGUUCAUUCCAAUAUAGCAUAUAUUCAGUGGUCAUAUCAUUUACGGCUAAUUUAGUAAUUACCAUUUUUUUAACAGUCUUAGUAUUUAUUAAUAUACGGGACAAACCAUAUGUUAAAUCAUCAAGAUUACUUAAAUUUGCCUCAUUGAUAGCAUCCCUGAACUUAAUAAUUUUCGUUACACGAUCACUACAGAAACUCGCAACAGAACACAAAACCCAUGGUACUGUCAGUACCCAUUAUGCAAUGGAUUUAUUUACAGACGAUAUUGCAUUCAUUGUUCUAGAUUUUAUAUCUACCUGCAUAUUUCAACUUUGUCAAGUAAGUAUCGUCAUUAGAUUAUUUGAAAGAAUACAGGAGAAAAGAAUUGUGUUUAUUUGUGGCGUUUGUCUAACAAUUGUAGAUAAUGUCCUUUGGGUGAUACCUCAAUUAGUAGAGGCCUCAGGAGGCGGAUACGUCAAGAGAUGGGAAAUAUUACCACCUUUUGUUUACCUUUUUAGGAUUUCUAUUGCUACAUCUUACGCCUGUGUUGUCAUAUCAUAUAUCAUAAGGAAAAGAAGACAAAGCUAUAGAUCUUUUCAGAUGGUCCUUUUGAGUUUUCUCACUUUAAUUACUGUAAUUGCUUCACCAGUAUUUUUCAUCAUUGAUAUAUCAGAUGUUUGGAUCAGUGAGUUAAGUGAAAUCUUCUCUACUACAUGCUAUAUUGGUGCUACCGUUAUUGUAUGGGAAUACCUAGAUAGAUUAUCGGUAAUAGAAAGAAAUGACCGUGCUCAAAGUGUUCUUGGUAGACCAAUAUUUGAAGAUGAACAACAUGAUUAUAAUUUUGCCAAAUAUGCACUAAAAGUACAAAAGGCUCUAAUACGAAGUGAUUCAAACACAGGAAGUGAAGCUGUCGGUGAUGAAGAUCUCGAGGAGGGAUUAGGUAAUCAAGCAGAUAGUAUGGACAAUAACGUUAUACAUCCUGAAGACGAGAGUAUAAAUCAAGUCCGCUUUGAUAAUAAGCGUGAGUUCAAUGAAGUAGCUCAAGAACAUCUUUCUAAUGCCAUAGAUAAAGUUCUUUAUUUUACAGAUCAAAUCGCCAUUAAAAGUUUUGGUAACUAUACAUCGAAUUCAAGUUCAAAGAAUAGUGAUAAUUCAAAUGAAAGAAAGAAAGUUGUAAAAAGACGGCUUGGUCUAGAUAAACCUAAGGAUGUUUAUGUAUACGAACUGAGAGAUGUCGUAUUCCCUUCUGACGAUGAAGAAGAAGAAGAAGAAGAAGAAGAAGAGCGAAAAGUAGAUAAACAAGAACAACGUAAUGAGGAGGGGGGAACUUAUGAUAAUUCUGCAACACAUCGAAAAUAG